UUUAUUUUUGUUUUAUUCUUGUCAACAUUUCUAGUAAUGGUAGGGCGAAGACAUAGACGUUCAAAAGUUCAACAUGUUAUUAAUUUGCUCAAACGAAUUAUUGCCUUUCUUUUUUCACAUGUUGGAUUAUGUGCUUUGGUGAUUGGGUACGCACUUUUAGGUGCUGUAGUCUUUCGUGCAAUUGAAGGACCCCAUGAGGUUACAACUGCAAGGAAUAAAGCCGUUCAAGUUGCUUGGGAAGCAACAUUUCGAGUAAAUAAAUUAGAUAAACGUAAAUGGGAGGAUACAGUUUAUGCCCAAACAAAACAAUUUCAACGUCGUUGUAUGUGGUCAAUUAGGCGUGGAUAUGAUGGAAAAGAAUUUGGAUUAGCUGCGCAAUGGACAUUUACUGGAUCUUUUCUUUAUUCUUUAACAGUAAUAACAACAAUUGGAUACGGAAAUACAUCAGCCAAAACAUAUUUUGGAAAAACAUUAACAAUACUUUUUGCUAUAAUUGGAAUUCCUUUAAUGCUUUUAUUUCUUACGAAUAUUGGGGAUGUUAUGGCUAAAAUAUUUAGAUUUUUAUAUGCUCGUUCAAUUCGUCUAAAAUAUAAUUUAAUUUUAUGGCAUAAACGUAGAAGAGCUGCAAAAAUUCGUAGAGCAAAUUCUUUGGUUGCUAGACUAACUAGGGCUAAUCAACCUUAUAUAAAUCAUCUCCGUUUACAACAACAUCAAAGAGAUGAUUGUUCAUUAGAAUCUAUAGGUGGACCACCAAUAUCCGGACCUCCAAACGGUAAUGCUGUACAUUUAGCUGCUGUAGAUGUUAAUGAACUUUUGGCUGCUAGAGCACAUUUAGAUCAAUUAGAAAUUAAAGAAAAUGUCGAAGCACAAUUACAACGAAUUUCUGUUCCUCUUUCACUCGUUUUAUUAACAAUGUUAGCUUAUUUGGUGACUGGUUCAAUUCUUUUUUGUUUAUGGGAAGAAUGGACAUUUUUAGAUAGUUUUUAUUUUUGUUAUGUUUCUUUAACAACAAUCGGUUUUGGAGAUAAAUUCCCCGGAGGGUCUGUUGGUAGCAAUAAAGAAGCACAAGAAAAAUUAGUAAUUACCUCAAUAUAUUUACUUGCCGGAAUGGCUUUAUUGGCUAUGUGCUUUAAUUUAGCCCAAGAAGAAGUUGUUAAUAAAGUUGCUUGGUUAGCAAAUAAAUUCAAAACUAGAGAUGAUGAAUAUGAUUGAAAAUAAUUGCUAAAUGCUUU